GCACUAUUGAUAGAUGAAUGGAGUGGCAAAUUCAAAUAUCUGUCAAAAUGUCCGGUCAAAGCAGGCUGCGAAUCCAAAAUGACGUUUUCAAAUUCUGAAUCACAGAUUGUCUGAAUAUAUUGAACUCUAUCAACAUUUUCAAAUUUAGGGGCUGUACCGAGUGUGCACAACUUCUCGACAGGGACAUAUGCGAUGGCUUCAUCUUCUUUUGCUGAGCAUUCCUAUUUUUUGACUGAGUUGAACCGGAACGAUCCAACAACUAGUCAAGCAAGGAAGGAGCAGAUUAUAAAAUGUACAAACUCCUGCGGAAAUAUCGUCUCACCAAAAUCCAACGUUUCUUGGAGACUUCUACCCUUCUGCAAUGAAUUCUGCUUAUUGGCCUACCAAAAAAGUUUUCCAACAACUUGUAAUACAUGUAAGGCCAUUAUACAAUCGGACAACUUUGGGAAAUACUUUUGUGAAUUCAAGGACUGCAACUUUGGUUUUUUCUGUUCUAAAUCAUGUUAUGAUAAGUACAAUGCCAGUAUAAGAUUUUGCGUUUUUUGCAGCAAAGUAAAAUGCAGCUCUAAUAAUAGCAAAUGGGUUGUAGCAAGUUUGGUACUUAGAUUGCAACUCACUUGUCUAACAUUUUGUUCACAUACUUGCUAUACUAGUUUUGCUGCUAUGGCAAAUGCAACACCAAAACUUAAACAUGUACCUCCUAAUGUGCAAUGUACAGUUUGCAAGUCAACUAAUGUAAGUUUAAAAUUUGGAGAUAAAUGCAUGGAUCAGUAUUUCUGUGACAAAAAAUGUUUAGCUGCAUAUGCAUUUGUGAGUGCAAAAGGAAAAGCUGCUGAAAUGUGUAUGACCUGUAAAAUUUAUUAUAGUAAAGAUGAAAUUUCUAUGUAUUCAGCAUACCAUGAAGGCAAUGAGUUGGCAUUUAGCUCUAUAGUUUGUCGCAAUGUAUAUAUUAUUGCAGAACGAAAAAUUGCUCAGUGUAACUGGUGUAAAACAAAGAUGUACAAUUUCGAUAUGGUUACCAAGUAUGAUGCUCAGAUCUCUUUGGCAUUUUGUUGUUUCAAAUGUCAACAGCUGUACCAGGAUUCCACUCAGUGUGUGAUCCAAAUGCCAAAAAUAAGUAACAAUACUUGUCAGGAACAAACUCUUGCAAACAAGGAAAAUUUAGAUUUGAAUAAAGUCAAAGCAGUUUUGCUCAAUAGAGAAAAUAGUAAUAAAUACAGUGCCAAAAUAAAUCCAAUGAGAGCCUGUAGAAAAUUGAUAAAAACACAAAGGAAUGUAGCUACUAUGUGUAUGAUUUCUACUGCUAAUAAACACACUUCCACCAAAGUCACUUCUGCAACAAAGAAAAUCCAAACGGAUCCUCAAAUAACUAACACUUUAAUACCUGUACCAGUACCUAUUUAUGUACCAGCACCAGUUGCAAUGUUCUCUCUGCCCACACCUGUACCUGUGCUUAUUCCAAUACCAAUUCCUGUGCCUAUUUUUCUCCCAACUGUGAGAAAUUCCAUCAAAGGAAUUUUCAAAGAGUUGGAGAGCAUCAGAAACAGAACUCCGAAUAAUAUUUAUGAAGCUGAAAUGCUGCAACUUGCUGGCAUUCUUGUUAAAGACCAAAAUGACUCAGAUAGUGACUUUGUACCUUCUGACAAAGAAGAUAAAGAGCAUGAGGAACUUGUAGUUGAGCCUGAAGCAAAUACAGGUAUAACAGAAAGUCUUUUUGACUUUGAAUGGGCAAUGCCUGAUAAUGCUACUGAGAUACCGCCACCCAAUCAAAAACCUCCUGUUCCUGAAAAAGUUAAAAAACGAGCAGCCAAGGAUCCAGUAGCAGUAAAUGGUAAACGCCCUAAACAUGAGGAACCCAACACGAACACUGUUUAUCAAAUAGAUCCAUCAGCUUUGUCGGUUAGUGUGAACCAACAAGAAAUGAGACUAGACUAUACAUUGGGUAUAAAUGCUUGGAAGCAAUGGGUGAUGAAAAAAACAAGCAUUUCGAAAAAGUUCAAAUUCAACACGGAAAUACUUGAAAUGACACCAGAAGAACUCAGUUCUGCAUUAUGCUUAUUUGUGAGGGAGCUCAGAAAACCAAAUGGUGAUGAGUAUGCUCCAGAUACUAUCUACUAUCUGUGUCUGGGUAUACAGUAUUAUCUUGAUCAAAACAAAAGACACGAAAAUAUAUUUUUUGAUGAGAUCUACGAUGCAUUUACUGACUGUUUGGACGAAUUUGCUAAGAAAUUCUGCGCACUAUAUGAUGACGAAUCUCACUUCAUUGUCACUAGAGUAGAGGAAGAGCACUUGUGGGAGACAAAGCAACUCGGGUGUUAUUCUCCUUAUGUUCUUUUGAACACCCUGAUAUACUUCAAUACAAAGUAUUACUAUCGUUCUACUGUGGACCAACAUGCUGAACUAUCUUUCUGCCAUAUUCUUAAAAGCAGCAAAAGAUACUCAAAAGCAAAUAGUGUGUUGCUCAGAUUUUAUCCAAAGUCGAGAAAACCUGGAGAUAAAAGGGUUUAUGAGCAGCUAGAAAAUCCGAAUGAACCACUGAGAUGUCCAGUGAAGUUGUACGCUUUCUACUUGUCAAAGUGCCCCGAAAGUGUCAAAAAUAGGUUUGAUAUGAUGUAUCUGACGCCUGAGAAGCACUGUCUAUCCGAUAGUCCUCUGUGGUAUUCCACUACUCCUCUAUCAAAGCGACAACUAGAAAAAAUGGUUAAUCGAGUAAAGAUGGUUAAGGAAGUUAAUGUUGCUUUAUUGACUAAUCAGUGAUCAUUUUUUAAACGCAAAAUUUUGUACUGCUCUAAUGUUAUUUAUGUUCAAUUAUUAAGGAAUUAAGUUUUCCAGGAACAAAACUGUUAAUUUCCUUUAUGUUCGUUAUUAUGUGACUCUUAUAUGUAAGUUUUGGGUAAUAAAUGC